AUGUGCCAAAAGCGGUAUGGCACUCAGCACGGGGGCAUCCGGGGGAGGAAAUCCGCGGACCAGAGGCUUUUUACUUGUGAUCAAAGUUUUGGAAAAUACUUCAGUCAGAAGAGACAACUUAAAAGUCAUUACAGAGUCCAUACAGGUAUAACUCGUCCUGAGUGCAGCCAAUGUCAUCGCGAAAUUCAUGGAUCGCUGCCUCCAGUUAAAGGUGUGAAACAUUUAAGAACACUACACACAGGUGAAAAACCCUUCACAUGUGAAAUCUGUGGCAAGUCUUUCACAGCGAAGAGCUCUCUCCAGACUCACAUCAGAAUACACAGAGGAGAAAAGCCAUACUCGUGUGGGAUUUGCGGGAAAUCCUUUUCCGACUCCAGCGCCAAGAGGAGACACUGCAUCUUGCACACGGGCAAAAAGCCUUUCUCCUGCUCCGAGUGCAACGUGCAGUUUGCCCGCCUGGACAACCUGAAGUCCCAUUUGAAGAUCCACACCAAAGAGAAGCAGUCGCAGGAAGGACACGGGGCUCCUGGCAGCGGCGGCACCGAGGAAGUGCGCGGCAUCCUUCAGCUGCAGCAGUAUCAGCUGUCCUCCUCUGGGGCGCAAGAGAUCCAACUACUGGUUACGGAUUCCAUGCACAAUAUAAAUUUUAUGCCCAGCCAUAACCAAGGCAUUAGCAUCGUCACCGCUGACGGGUCCCCGAACGUGAUGACGGACCAUUCGGGCAGUCUCACCCUCCUGACGCAGGCCCCCCAACAGCUGCUCCUUUCGUCCCAGCCGGAACCGACUGACCAGAUGCAGGGCCUCAAUAUGGUGAGCGGUCAGCUGCAGCCGGCCCCGGCCGAGCAAAUGCACGUCAUCACGCUGUCGAAAGAAGCCCUGGAACAUCUCCACGCCGGCCAGAGUCCGGCGGAGGUGCUGCAGAUCGCGACGGGAACGUCACACCCCGCCCAGCAUUUGCAGGUAGAGCAAGAACCCGGUCCCUUCCGCAUCAGUCAAGAGACGGUCCUGCCGAUGCAAAUGAGCAAAGAACAAGCCCAAACGGUACACGUCUCUGCGUCGCCGCAGCAGCCGCUGACUAUGGACCCUGGUGACCGUCAAGCUGAGAGGCAGACUUUUUGAAAUGUCCUUCUUAUUUGUUUCACAGGAGCGAAAUGAAUUGUCGAAGGCUUUCUCAGCUGCAAUCACUGGGGUGUUGUGUGGUUUCCGGGCUGUCUGGCCGUGUUCCGGUAGCAUUUCUCCUCCGGAUGCCAGCCAGAGAUGCAGGCGUUAGGAGAAAAUGCUGUUGGAACAUGGCCAUACAGCCCGGAAACCCCUCAGUGCCCCAGUGAAAUGAGUUCUUUCAUACCGGCUGCAUUGCUUGGUCUGCCAACUCUUCAACUUUUCAUUUUGGUGACUCUGAUAGAUGCCUUCUUGCAGUUGGGAUUCCCCUGCCCCCUCUCCCCAAGAGCUUUAUUUACCUAAUAUUGAUAGGAUGGUUUCACAUGUGUAUUCCAUAUUUGUUUCCCAGUAUUAUGACUGUGAUCUAUCCAAAGCUACGUUCUUUGACAAUCUUAUUAAUUUCAACCAGAUUGGGUUCUGCUUAACUCUUCCGCUGAAACAAAUGGGAUGUAAAAGUUCUCCACGUUUGCCAGAUCUUGCUGUAUAGGUUCAACAAAGUUUAAAGCAGAUAUAUUUUAAUUUUUUCCCGUGUGUUUCUUUUAUGCAGAUUGGGACCAGUGGAGGCCUAGAUUAUAUGGCGAAACUGCUAGAUUUGAGACCUCGUUGUGUCUGUAUGAACUAGACAUGUAUGAAACCUGACCGUUAAUUUCUGUAGUUUUCACUUUUGCCUCCCCAUACUCUUAGAUAUCCUCACAGUCUACGAAGCAACUGAGAUAAAUUUGGGAGGGGUUUUUCCCCUCUACCUCCCCCCCUCCCCCCGGAAGUAAGCAUUUCAACAAACUGACGCUUAUUGCCAUACUUGGCUGACCUGUGCAUAUUGACAUUCUAUAUGUAGAAAUACCAUUUCUACAAUUUUGCAUCCCUGUCUUAAUAGGUAAGGCAAGCUGAAAGGGAAAAGGAUCAAAGUCGUAUCUGCAGGCAGCGCAAACACACGGAACAUUCUGGAAAAUGGCUCAAAUUAUGAGCUCAAAAACUAAUUCCCUGAGCAAGCACUAACAACACAGAGCUACGCACGGUUAGUUGUGAAGGGGAGUGCAAUGUUGCAAUGUGUACCCCACAUACCGGUAACAACUGAACUCAGACAUACUCUCUGAGGGACUUUCAUCUUCUGUUGGGUGGUGUCUUCCCCUAGAAGGCACAAGAUCUGGUACAUCCAGUUUUCAUGCAAAGUAAAUUUGAUAGUAUUGUCGAAUGCUUUCACAGCCGGAAUCACUGGGGUGCUGUGUGGUUUCCGGGCUGUCUGGCCGUGUUCUAGCAGCAUUCUCUCCUGACGUUUCGCCUGCAUCUGUGGCUGGCAUCUUCAGAGGAUCUGAUAGUAGGAAUGGAGUGGAAUGGAGAUCCUCUGAAGUAGGAAUGGAUAGUAGGAAUGGAGAUCCUCUGAAGAUGCCAGCCAGGAUAAAGUGUGGGGAUACCUGGAUUCGUUUGCUCUAACCAUCAGUGUAUUUUGUAUCCAUAGUCCUCUGUGCCUUAGCCUUUACAACUGCACAAUGGACAUUCGGAAUCAUUGUCUCUGCAAAGUACCUUAACUGUUCUCGGAGGGGGAGGUUCUAAAAACGUAUUUUUUACCAUAAAAUCCAGCUGUUCUUUUCACAGCAUUAUUUUCUGUUGUUGCGAAGAUAUAGUUUGUCGUUGGCGAAAAGGCUUCGUGCAGUCGGGUGGGGUCAAAAAUCAUAAUUACAGUAUUUCAGAAGACGUUUCAGUCAGUUUCUUAAAAGCUGUAAAAGUAUUUAUUGGGUGACUUGCUCUAAUGUAUAUGCCAGAAUUAUUGUGAAUAACAUGUACAAUGUUUAAAAAAAUUCAGCCAAAAUAGAUACUGCCCAGAAAUUCGGCCACUACAGAGAACGCUGCGCUGGUAUUUCCUGCUCCCCCUGCAUUGAUAUUUCUGCUAUAACUGAUGCAGGUGCUAAAUAAAUCAGUAAACUGAUGUAUAAGAAACAGGCAGUUUUACCCCUUCAAUUCUAAAAAGGUCGUGCUCGUGUAUGUGCAGCUGUUCUUUGUAAAACGAAGCUAUUUUGCCUUAAAAUAAAAAGAGUGGGAGACGUA